AUGACUGGUGCUGUGUUCGCUGUACCAUAUGAUGAUGGCGCUGGUGGAGCUAAUCCUCAACCUACGGGACACACAAAGCUCGAGCCUCGAGCGUCAAAUCUGGGAUAUUCCCUCGGAGUCAUUAUUUGGUCCAGUACAGUCUGUACAGACACCAACCUGUUCGAUAUGCUGCAGCCGCAUAAUAUACAGAGUAUUCUUGUUGUCGAGAUUUGUUCCAACGCGGAGUUCUUCGAGUUUCUCAUCAUGACGAGCGAUGGUCGGAUCGGUUCAUCGCCCAAGCAGCAUCUUCGUUCGAUUCCAGGUGCUGCUAUUCAGGAGUCAGUUCUUGUGAGGCCACUUUUUUGA